AUGCUGGUGAGAGCACGAGUACAAACUCAUGGUUUUGGUAUGAUUGCACAGGUCCGUUUGGGUUGGCAUGAUGCUGGCACAUACAAUAAAAAUAUUGAGGAAUGGCCAAGGCGAGGCGGAGCUAAUGGAAGCGUGCGAUUUGACAAAGAAUUGAAACAUGCAGCCAAUGCUGGCCUAGUAAAUGCUUUAAAGCUUCUUCAGCCUGUCAAGGACAAGUAUUCAGGUGUUACAUAUGCAGAUUUAUUCCAAUUAGCCAGUGCUACAGCUGUUGAGGAAGCUGGUGGCCCCAAAAUCCCAAUGAAGUAUGGUAGGGUAGAUGCCUCUGGACCUGAACAGUGCCCUGAGGAAGGGAGGCUUCCUGCUGCUGGGACACCUUCACCAGCAUCUCAUUUAAGGGACAUAUUCUACAGAAUGGGUCUAAGUGACAAGGAUAUUGUUGCAUUGUCUGGCGCACAUACUCUAGGUAGGGCCAGUCCGGAACGUAGUGGUUGGGGAAAACCAGAAACAAAAUAUACGAAAGAUGGCCCUGGUAGACCUGGUGGACAGUCAUGGACGCCGCAAUGGCUGAAAUUUGAUAAUAGCUACUUCAAGGAAAUCAAAGAGCGAAGAGAUGCAGAUCUGCUAGUUUUGCCCACAGAUGCUUCUUUAUUUGAAGAUCCAUCCUUCAAGGUAUAUGCUGAGAAAUACGCGGUUGACCAGGAUGCAUUUUUCAAAGAUUAUGCUGAAUCACAUGCAAAACUCAGCAACCAAGGUGCCAAGUUUGAUCCUCCGGAGGUUGGUGAUUCGACCUAA